UUUCUUCUUUUGUCUCUGCGUGGCUUUUUUGGCUUUUCCCUUCCCCUCUUGUCCCGGCUUGGGGAGGCUUGUGUCUCACCCCCGACAGCGGACAUGGUUUGUCCCGACAUUUUCCGUAAUGAUAAUGACCCUGGUCGUAUAUAUAUACACAUAGCCGCACAUGAAGAUGCGAUUUUGGAUUUGCAGCCAACCAGCCUUUGAUUGCAUUACUCACAUCACUUGGUACAGCGGGGACAGCCUGGCUCUACUAGUACUUGUUAGUAUAAUAGGGAGGGAAGCCAUUGACGGGCGGAGAAAAUCCACGAAUCAGCCAAGGGAGCUUGAGUGGAUGAGAAAAAUUCAAACGUUAGUAACCAACGGUGCUGGAAUCCAGCACGUUAGAGAGUCCUUGGCGAAGGCUAAAAGGAGGGUACAAUGUCGGCUAAAUUCCAGUCCCAUGUCAUGGUUUAGUUGACCAGGAGUACUACAACUAGUAGGUAGCUACUUACUAGUAUCAUGUUGGGGUGACUGGGGUCCCCCGCGAUUAUUGCAUGAGGGAUUUAUCUACUUGGUCAUUCG